CAGAGUGUAGAAACUAUCAAACCAUUACAGUCAGAGUGUGGAAAUUCAGAGCAUUACAGUUAAUUCUCAAGUUUGGCAUUGCGAUGUCAUUCUCAGUUUUAAUUUUUACAUCUUUUCUGGCGAUAGCACUCGCCCAGAAGGAUCCGAAUUAUGUGGAUGGCAGAACAACUAUGGCUCAUUUGUUCGAAUGGAAAUUCAACGAUAUCGCCAAAGAAUGCGAAGAUUUCCUUGGUCCAAAGGGCUACGGUGGUGUACAAGUUUCUCCCAUAAAUGAGAAUCUCAUAAUAAAGGACAGACCCUGGUACGAGAGAUAUCAGCCAUUGUCCUAUAACAUUAUUAGUCGAUCCGGAAACGAAUCCGAAUUUGAGAACAUGGUAAACAGGUGUAAAAAAGUCGGUGUACAGAUAUACGUUGACGUAGUCGUUAAUCACAUGUCAGCGGACGCACAACCCGCGUACGGCACCGGUGGCACAUCAGCAGAUCCGAAAGACUUCAGUUAUCCGGGAGUCCCGUAUAGUUCACAGGACUUUCAUACACCUCCAUGCCAAAUCCAAUAUAACGAUUAUUUUAACAAUGCAACCAAGGUUCGAGACUGUGAACUGAACGGCCUUCACGAUCUCGAUCAGAGCAAGAAACAUGUUCGAAGUAAAAUAAUUGGAUUUUUCAAUAAGAUCAUCGAUCUUGGAAUCGCUGGCUUGCGCAUUGACGCAGCUAAACACAUGUGGCCACAAGAUCUUAAGUUUAUCUACAACAAGACCAAAAAUCUGUCCACCAAAGCUGGAUUUUUACCGCGUACACGACCUUAUAUCUAUCAAGAAGUCACCUAUCUCGAUGGCGAGGCCAUUAAAAGAUCCGAGUACAACAAAUUUGCAAAUGUCAUCGAGUUUCAAUUCGGAGCAAUUUUGGGUAGUAUGUUCCGUGGUCAGGACAAAUUGUCGAAGCUGGAAACGUUCGAUAAUCCGAAAGCUUGGAAAAUGUUAUCUUCUGGUGACGCAUUAGUCAUGGUUGACAAUCAUGAUAAUCAGAGAGGCCACGGUUCCGGCGGAUCCACUAUUUUAACGUAUAAAGACCCAAAACCGUACAAGAUGGCAAUAGCCUUUAUGCUUGCCUAUCCCUAUGGUCAUCCUCGAGUCAUGAGCUCCUUCGCCUUUAAUGAUCCCAAUCAAGGACCACCGGCCAAUUCGGAUGGCAGUAUCAUUUCGCCUGAAAUUUCCAAUGGUCAGUGCAUCAACGGUUGGGUCUGCGAACACAGAUGGCCGCAGAUUUAUCACAUGGUCCAAUUCCGCAAUCUGGUUAACGAUGAGCCAGUGGAGAACUGGUGGAGCGAUGGAAACAAUCAGAUCGCCUUCUCCCGCGGCUCUAAAGGUUUCAUCGCUCUUAACGUCGAGGGCGACCUUCGCGAACAGUUGCAAACUGGAUUGCCCGCCGGUACUUAUUGCGAUGUCAUAACGGGAGACGUCGUCGACGGGAAAUGCACGGGAAAGUCAGUGGUGGUUGAAAAGGAUGGUCGCGCUAAUAUUGAAAUUUUAUCAAAUGAGUCGGAAGGCGUGCUCGCUCUUCAUAUGCAGGCAAAACUGUGAGGCUCGUCGCGGUUAAUAAACUUAGGAAAACAACAUUUUAUGAUUCCACACGUGACUAGCACAAAAUAAUGUAGACUGCACAAAUGUAAAUGUAUUAUCGAAUAAAAAUACAUGCGAAUAU